CGUACAAAAAUGUUCGCGUUCGGAUUGUGCAGUCUUCUUCCCAUAAUUAUAGUUUUGCCAAGCCUAUUAGAAGGAGCUCGCAUACUGGCAAUAUUUCCCUUUCCAGGUCCUUCGCAGUAUAUUAAUGUGCUACCAUAUUUAAAAACACUUUCCUCGCGAGGUCAUGAAAUUACUUCAGUAAGUGCAUUUCCACAAAAGAAACCUCUGAACAACUUUCGUGAUAUUGCCGUUCCGGAAGUAUUUAAGUCAUACGACGAAAUAAAUAGUAAGAUUGGUGGAGCUACAAAUUCGUGGAAAAUAAAUGAUUUACGAAACGAGUUCUUUGUCAGUGUUACAAAGGCAGUGUUACACAAUGCUGACGUUCAACUUGAGUUGCUAAGCCCCGUUAAAGAUCACUAUGAUUUGAUCAUUGUCGAAGUUUUUCGCCAGGAUGCACUUUAUGGAUUUGCUGCACAUUUCAAUGCGCCCAUCAUUGGAAUUUCUACAUUUGGUUCCGACUGGAAUAUUGAUGAGCUAGUAGGCAAUACUGCUCCACUCUCUUAUAUACCAUUGGUGACAACUGCACUAAGUGAUUAUAUGACCUACUGGGAGCGAGUUCAUAAUUUUGUUGAGACAACUGUAGCUUGGCUCAAUUGGAAACUGAAAUAUCAUCCACUUCACGUCAAGCUGUAUGAGCAAUUCUUUCCUCAUGUCGCCAACAAAGUUCCAUUGGUUGAGCUAUCCAAGAACUUUUCAUUAAUUUUAGUUAAUCAGCACUUUUCGCUCAGUUUCCCUCGUCCUUAUGUGCCAAAUAUGAUCGAGGUGGGAGGACUACAUAUAUCUCACAAACCUGCCCCAUUGCCGAAAGAUAUUGAAGACUUUAUCGAGGGAGCUGGAUCGGCUGGUGUCAUCUACUUCUCAUUGGGUUCAAAUAUCAAUAGCAAUGAUUUACCUGAAGAGCGAACUCAGAUGCUACUCAGAACUUUUGCAAGUCUUCCACAGCGUGUUCUGUGGAAAUUUGAAAAUGAUCAGUUGCCUGAAAAACCGUCUAAUGUUUUUCUUAGCAAGUGGUUUCCACAGCCCGACAUUCUAGCGCAUCCUAAUGUGAAACUUUUCAUUACUCAUGGAGGCUUGCUGAGUACGAUUGAGAGUAUUCACCAUGACAAGCCUGUGCUCGGAUUACCAUUUCAUUACGAUCAGUUUCUUAACGUGGAACGUGCUAAACGAGCUGGUUUUGGACUCGGUCUCGAUCACAAAGAGAUGACAUCCGAGGAACUGAAAAUUGCGAUUCGUCGACUACUGACUGAGUCCAGUUUUGCGAAGACAGCUCAACAAUUAUCUGGUCGCUAUAAAGAUCAGCCAAUGAGUCCGCAAGAAACAGCUAUUUGGUGGACUGAAUAUGUUCUGCGACAUAAGGGAGCACAUCACAUGCGGGUUGCGGCACAGGAUCUUAGUUUUGUGGAAUAUCAUAAUUUGGAUGUGAUUGGAAUGUUCGUCGGUAUUUUUAUUAUAAUUGUUUGCGCAUUUGUUGUGAUUGUACGCAAGUUUUUGGGCAUUGGCAAUAGUCCAAAAGUAUUCAGUAAAAUAAAAUUAAAAAGUAAAUAAUGCUGAAAUUUAUUAUAGGAAUUUAUGCUUUCAAUAAAAUCAUUAAGACUUACAGUAAUAAAUCGUUUACUUUAUUCGAGUCGCAAUUAUUAUAUAAUCCCUGUACACAUGGUAGAAAGUAUUGAUCGUUGGUUGUCUGUCUGGCAUUGAUUGUACAUAUUUAUCACUCAUUUGUAUGCAGCUCAUUAUGGUAUGGAUAACACAAGAAUAUACGAAAAAUAUGCAUUAACCGCUGUCCAAUCAGUUGCAUACGUUUCGUAUGCAUAAUAUUAAAUUGCAGUACCAUUUCCGUUGUAUUCGAACGGUUUUAUUUGGCCGCAUCAUCAAAUGCUUAAUCAAAAAUUCAUGAGUUGAAUAUGCUAUUUGUUGAAGUUGAUGUUGUUGGUUGCUGGUU